AUGGGUUUAUGGCCUCAGGCCGUGAUUAAUGAGUCCAGCCUCUCUCGUUCAGUCCAGCCUCUCUCCCUCAGUCCAGCCUCUCUCCCUCAGUCCAGCCUCUCUCCCUCAGUCCAGCCUCUCUCCCUCAGUCCAGCCUCUCUCCCUCAGUCCACCCUCUCUCCCUCAGUCCAGCCUCUCUCCCUCAGUCCACCCUCUCUCCCUCAGUCCACCCUCUCUCCCUCAGUCCAGCCUCUCUCCCUCAGUCCAGCCUCUCUCGUUCAGUCCACCCUUUCUCUCUCAGUCCAGCCUCUCUCCCUCAGUCCAGCCUCUCUCCCUCAGUCCAGCCUCUCUCGUUCAGUCCAGCCUCUCUCCCUCAGCCCAGCAUCUCUCUCUCAGUCCAGCCUCUCUCCCUCAGUCCAGCCUCUCUCCCUCAGUCCAGCCUCUCUCUCUCAGUCCAGCCUCUCUCCCUCAGUCCAGCCUCUCUCCCUCAGUCCAGCCUCUCUCCCUCAGUCCAGCCUCUCUCCCUCAGUCCAGCCUCUCUCGUUCAGUCCAGCCUCUCUCGUUCAGUCCAGCCUCUCUCCCUCAGUCCAGCCUCUCUCGUUCAGUCCAGCCUCUCUCCCUCAGUCCAGCCUCUCUCCCUCAGUCCAGCCUCUCUCCCUCAGUCCAGCCUCUCUCCCUCAGUCCACCCUCUCUCCCUCAGUCCAGCCUCUCUCCCUCAGUCCAGCAUCUCUCCCUCAGUCCACCCUCUCUCCCUCAGUCCAGCCUCUCUCCCUCAGUCCAGCAUCUCUCCCUCAGUCCACCCUCUCUCCCUCAGUCCAGCAUCUCUCUCUCAGUCCAGCCUCUCUCCCUCGGUCCAGCCUCUCUCCCUCAGUCCAGCCUCUCUCCCUCAGUCCAGCCUCUCUCUCUCAGUCCAGCCUCUCUCCCUCAGUCCAGCCUCUCUCUCUCAGUCCAGCCUCUCUCCCUCGGUCCAGCCUCUCUCCCUCAGUCCACCCUCUCUCCCUCAGUCCACCCUCUCUCCCUCAGUCCAGCCUCUCUCCCUCAGUCCACCCUCUCUCCCUCAGUCCACCCUCUCUCUCUCAGUCCAGCAUCUCUCUCUCAGUCCAGCCUCUCUCCCUCGGUCCAGCCUCUCUCCCUCAGUCCACCCUCUCUCCCUCAGUCCAGCCUCUCUCUCUCAGUCCAGCCUCUCUCUCUCAGUCCAGCAUCUCUCUCUCAGUCCAGCCUCUCUCCCUCGGUCCAGCCUCUCUCCCUCAGUCCAGCCUCUCUCCCUCAGUCCAGCCUCUCUCUCUCAGUCCAGCCUCUCUCUCUCAGCCCAGCAUCUCUCUCUCAGUCCAGCCUCUCUCCCUCAGUCCAGCCUCUCUCCCUCAGUCCAGCCUCUCUCCCUCGGUCCAGCCUCUCUCCCUCAGUCCAGCCUCUCUCCCUCAGUCCAGCCUCUCUCUCUCAGUCCAGCCUCUCUCCCUCAGUCCAGCCUCUCUCCCUCAGUCCACCCUCUCUCCCUCAGUCCAGCCUCUCUCCCUCAGUCCAGCCUCUCUCCCUCAGUCCAGCCUCUCUCCCUCAGUCCAGCCUCUCUCCCUCAGUCCAGCCUCUCUCCCUAAGUCCAGCCUCUCUCCCUCAGUCCAGCCUCUCUCCCUAAGUCCAGCCUCUCUCCCUCAGUCCAGCCUCUCUCCCUCAGUCCAGCCUCUCUCCCUCAGUCCACCCUCUCUCCCUCAGUCCAGCCUCUCUCCCUCAGUCCAGCCUCUCUCCCUCAGUCCAGCCUCUCUCCCUCAGUCCAGCCUCUCUCCCUCAGUCCAGCCUCUCUCCCUAAGUCCAGCCUCUCUCCCUCAGUCCAGCCUCUCUCCCUAA